AUGGCGACCAGCGGCGAUGGCAGUUCUUCACGCCCAGACUGGCACCUAGUCUACACUGAAAAGCACGUUGAUGGCACGCACAGACUUGCUAUCCAGAUUGAUGGCAGUAUCCUAAAAACACUUUUUCGACAUUCAUUCUUCCUCGAACAGCAAUCUGGGACUGUGCAGCACCGCUUGUCCAGGUAUUCCAGACACCAAGUCGUGAAGGAGCACGGCUGGUUCAAGGAUAUCGAUACCUUCACCCACGUCUGUCUCAACCAAAACAUACCUGCACAGGCAACACCGGAAAAUCUAGAAGAGGAAAUCGAGAUAUUUGAUCUCUGGAGAUCCGCCGUUUUGGUGACACUCGCAACUAGCCACCAAACUCUCUGGGCUCCCAAUGAUGGCAAUACGAUCUAA